AUGGUGGAUGCGCCAAUUCUUGUCGAUGCCUCGAACGGAGCUGAGUUCUACAAGCAACCAAUCUACUAUUUCUUGGGGCACUUUUCCAAGUUUGUGCCAGCAGGUUCGCAACGCAUUAAAUUGUCCUUAGCUGCACACGCGAAGAAUGCACAGACAUUCUUAGUCGUUGUGCCGUUGCACUCUAUAGUGACAGUCAUCUUGCCACGGUCUACAAACACAACUGUCCUGAAAUAA